AUGGAGCUGGAGUCACUUCAGUCACCCAAAAGGGUGAAAAUAGAUCCCUCAAGUCCUUCCGCUGACUCGUUCCUCGAAACUGCAGGCGUGUCACCACAUCCACCAGCUGGAAAUGAAACACUCAUUUCUGUCAAGCCAGAACUGUCCGACUUGGUUGAAGUGACACCUGAAAUCGAAUUUUCUGCUUCUUCUGCACCCAAAUUUAUGCCUAGUGAUGUCAAACUGGCAUCAGGUGGCUCAAUUCCACAUGGCUCAGUACCCUACAAUGCGGAUAUGAAAAGUACCAGUAAAGUAGCUACAACUCCACCCCUCAGCAUACUGGUAGAGUCCACAAAAACUGCGAAUGGAGGCCUGGUGGCAAAGAGCACACAGGUACAUUCCCGGCUUGUCCUUUUGGCGGGAAAGUGCAUGAACAGACACAUCAUCGAGCAUUUAGGAAGUCUUCGCCUACUAAAAAACAUACCCAUUACACAAGUCUCCGUGGACCAAGCAGAGAAAUUUGAGUUUGCCACCUACACGCAUAUUAACAUAUGCAUUGAGUACGACGAGAAUUUUGUGGAAGGUGUUAAAUAUAUUUGCCGUCUCUUCACCACCCACAGAAGUCUUUUUGAAGGUGCCCAUGAAGUGGGUUAUCACAUUGUAUUUAACCAAAACAAGAAAUGGGCCGAUUAUAGAGAGGAUGAGAAGAGCGAAUACAACGAAUUUCUUCGAAGUUUGAACAUCUGUUGCGGCGAGAAAGUGACACAGUGCUCGGUGGUUGGAAAAUAUGACUCCAGCACAAUCUACAUCACCGAAAAGGAUGAGUUGGUGAAUUUGGGAAAGGAGAUCUCAGAAGAUGUUGUCAUUUGGAAAAACCUUAAAGUGUGCGAUUAUGCAGAAAACUGUAUUCGGUUUCUUCCUGGUGUGAGAUUCCCAGAAUCUUUACAAGUUUUGAACAUCGGAGGCGGGUCCUCUCUUGAGACGCUCACGGGCUUCAAGAUGCCCACACAACUCAAGGCGUUAAAUGCUUCCAAGGGAGUCAUCACAUCCAUCGACUACGUUUCGUUUCCGCCAAUGCUUGAACGCCUUGACCUUCUGCAAAACAAAAUUUUUUUCUUGAACUAUGUGGAUCUUCCACCGCACCUUCUAGCUCUUGACUUGUCUCAGAAUAGCAUUGACAGCUUAAAGAGCAUCAACUUCCCUAGAAACUUGAAGCAUCUUUCGGUUUCGAACAAUCCAAUAGAAUGUAUUAAAGGUGCCAAGUUCCCCGAAACGGUGGAAUACUUGGAUCUCUCGUGCAUACCCAACGAGUCAAUGACAGGAAUCAAGUUUCCUGAUCUGACUAUUUGGCUCAAUCUCCAACAGUCCAUGACAAACACUAGAGGCUUGAAGCUUCCACCUUAUGUCUUGGAAUUGAAUUUGGCAUGCAAUGGAGUCAACAGCAUCAAUCCUCUCAAGCUUCCAAAUCUGAUCCAGAAGUUGUAUUUGGCUCACAACAAUAUCAAAACUUUAAACAAGGUGGUGUUUCCUACGGCGUUAAAGGAGCUAUAUUUGGGAAACAACUUGAUCACCACAUUGAAGAAUGUGCUGCUCCCUCCCACCCUUGAGGUUUUAGACUUAGAAAUGGAUCCCUAUGCGGAAGAUAAUGAGAAAUACAUUACAUCGCUAAAGGACGUGAUUUUGCCUGUUAACUUGCGUGUUUUGCGCUUGGGAUACCAUCUGAUUAAAGCAAUCGAGUCUAUGGAGUUCCCUUUCCAUUUACAAGAGUUAAAUCUCGCGUACAACGACCUACGGGUACUUAGGAAUGUGAGGUUUGGUCCCAAAUUAAAAGUUCUCGAUCUCAGUGGUAACCAAGACCUCAUCAGUAUCGACAAUGUGCAUUUCCCAGAAUCGCUCGUCGAUCUUAAGAUCCCCUCGCUUCUCCUCAACAACCUCCCUGCUACAAUCAUUGAGCGUGCCAACAAGCACGAAUUAUCACUCACCAAGUCGUUGCCAUACACCAUAUAG